AUGGACUCGGACGCACCGGUGAUAGAUAGGCCAGUGGCCGCAAAGGGAAGGAAAACCCUGGCAAUAGUAGUAAUAGGAAUGGCCGGUAGUGGUAAAACGUGCUACGUCAGAAAAUUAAUCGAUACACUAAAAAAUAAUAAAAAAAGAGUUUACGCGAUCAAUUUAGAUCCAGCGAAGAACGUAGACAUAAGAGACUCGAUCAACUAUAGACAAAUUAUGAAAAAGUAUAACCUGGGACCUAACGGAGCAAUCAUGACGUCACUAAACAUAUUUGUAAAGGGAUUUGAGGAUGAAAAACAUGAAUACAGAUUUGACAAGAUACUGGAGUUGCUGGACAAAAGGUCGGAAAUGGUGGACUACAUAGUGUUAGAUACGCCAGGACAAAUAGAAGUGUUCAACUGGUCAGCAAGCGGAACAAUAAUACUAGGUAAGAACAAGAAGCCGGUUGUAACAGUAAAACAAUCACUGUCCUCAUCGUUCCCAACCAUGGUUAACUACCUAAUCGACACGACGAGGUCGCAGAAUCCAAUAACGUUCAUGACGAACAUGAUAUACGCCUGCAGUGUGAUGUACAAGUGCCAACUACCAUUCGUGGCCUGUUUCAACAAAAUAGACGUGAAUCGGCAUGAAGUAUGUCUGGAGUGGAUGCAAGACUACGAGCAGUUUUAUGAAGCAAUAACACAGGACGAGUCAUACAUGGCAAGCUUCAGCAGAUCAUGUGCAUUGAUGUUGAACGAGUUUUACACAAACAUUAAGGUAAUAAAAGUAGACGUAAACAAGCAAUUGGAUAAUAAAGGAGAGGGAUUUGAAGAGCACGUGUCACUGCUAAACGAAUGUGUAGAAGAAUAUAACAGAGUCUACUUGCCCUGGUUGGAAGAGAAGAGGUGUAAAGUACAACAACAACUGAAAUAA